AUGGUUAAGAAGCGUGUGGCAAUUAUUGGAGCUGGUGUCAGUGGUUUAACUGGAAUUAAAAGCUGUUUGGAAGAAGGUUUGGAGCCCACAUGCUUUGAAAGAAGAAAUGACAUUGGAGGCCUGUGGAAUUUCACAAAACAUGUGGAAGAUGGUUGUCCAAGUAUCUACAAAUCUCUGGUCAGCAAUAUUUCCAAGGAAACGUUUUGCUUCAGUGAUUUUCCAAUGCCUGAAAACUUUCCUAACUUCCUCCCAAAUGCCAAAUAUCUAGAAUAUUGCAAGUUAUAUGCCGAACACUUUCAGUUGUUGAAAUAUAUAAAGUUUAAGACAACAGUUUGCCAAGUGCAGAAACAUUCAGAUUUCGACUCAAAUGGACAAUGGGUUGUUACAACUGAGAAUGAUGGAGAAAAAGCAACAACUGUCUUCGAUGCAGUUACCGUAUGCAGUGGCCAAUAUGUUUACCCGUUGUUGCCACUGGACUCUUUCCCAGAUGUCAACAAGUUUAAGGGGAAAAUUCUACAUAGUCGAGAAUACAAGGAACCAAUGGAAUUUGAUGGUAAAAAAGUGUUGAUUAUAGGACUGGGUAACAGCGGAGCUGAUCUCGCUUCUGAACUUUGUACCAAAGCCUCACAGGUAUAUCUAAGCUCAAAAAGAGGUGUUUGCAUGUUCCGACGCCUGGGAAGAGAUGGAUAUCCUUUUGAUUUAAGUUUCAUAACUCGUUUCCAAAACUGGAUCCAACUUACUGGGCCACCUGCUCUAUCACGAUUCUUAUGUGAAAAAUAUAUGAAUGACCAAUUUGAUCAUGGUUUCUAUGACAUUAAGCCAGAAUGCAUUGAGAUGAAAGAACCCUUGGUUAAUGAAGAGCUUCCAAGCCGCAUUCUUGCAGGUUUAGUAAUCAUGAAACCAGGGAUAACAAAGUUUACCGAGACAUCAGCUCAGUUUGUAGAUGGCACUAAAGUAGAUAAUCUUGAUGUUGUCAUUUUUGCCACUGGAUAUGAAGUCAGAUUCCCUUUUCUGGAUGAAUCAGUCAUUGAAGCAGAUUUCAAUGAGGGAUUUUUAUACAAAAAUAUAUUUCCUGUUAACCUGCAGAAGCCUACAUUUUUUUUCAUUGGCUUUAUUCAACCAGUCGGUCCAAUUGCAGCAACUGUUGAAAUUCAAAAUCGAUGGGCUAUGAGACUUUUCAAAGGAUUGCACAGAUUCCCAAGCAACAAAGAAAGGAAGGAUCAGUUGGUUGAGAAUGAAAAACUCAGAAUGAAACGGUUCGGGACAGCUAAAGGAAAUUGCCGGCGUAUAAAUUACAUUGAGUACAUGGAUGAUUUGGCCUCAAAUAUAAAUGCAAAGCCGAAUAUAAUGAAACUGCUUCUCACAGAUCCAGUUCUAGGUCUAAAAAUCUUUUUUGGCACAACUACCCCUUAUCAGUAUCGUCUAACUGGUCCUGGAAAGUGGGCAGGAGCCAGAGAGGCUAUUUUGACACAAUGGGAUCGCAUUGAGAAGCCCUUGAAGACAAGAGGAAUGAAGAAAAAUAUAGAGAGAUCCUUUUUGCCAGUUACAUAUCUCCCUUCAGUUUUGCCAUGGUUCCUCUGUGCUGUCAUUUUGUUUGUUGCUAUUUGGAUAAAAGGCUAACACUGGGUAACUGGUAUUUAAUUUUUGGAUUUAAG